GAAUCUCUCUCCAGGUCCGACCCCUCCCACUCCGGGUGAGCCCUUUAUUUGUCAGCCUUUAGGAGAACUCUCUUAAAUACCGCGAGCGCCUCGUGCACGUCGGCUGCAUCUGACCAACUUGUCUCGCUCUCUCGCUCUCUUUUUUUAAUUAUUAUUCCCCAUCUCUCUCUUCCUUCUCCUAAACGCGUCCUCGUGCGUCCUCGCGCCUCCCGAGCAGCAUGCAGGUGUCUGCGGGCCUCCUGGUGUCCAGCGCGGCGCUGCUGCUGCUGCUGCUGCAGGGAUGCUGCACCGCCGUGAAGGGAUGGAAGGUACUCAAGAACGGAGCCACCGAGAUUUUACCGGAGUACCGAGGGAGCACUCCUCAGGAGGCGAUACUGCAGGAGAACAACAACCAAAACAACAACAACAACCACAACCACAACAACAGCAAUAGCAACAGGGCGAAAACCGGCGGAAGGACAGCGAACACAGUCUCCUACACCACCGCGGAGCUGAGCUGCAGGGAGCUGCGCUCCACCCGCUACAUCACCGACGGGUCCUGCCGCAGUGCCAAGCCGGUGAAGGAGCUGGUGUGCUCGGGCCAGUGCAUGCCCACGCACCUCAUGCCCAACUCCAUCGGCCGCGGCAAGUGGUGGAGGGGCAGCGCCUCGGACCACCGCUGCAUCCCGGCCCACUCCCGGACCAGGAGGGUCCAGCUGCACUGUCCCAACGGCAACACGCGGACUUACAAGAUCCGCGUGGUCACCUCCUGCAAGUGCAAGCGCUUCAGGCCCCAACACAACCUGUCGGAGGCCAAGGAGGUCCCGAAGACGCAGCGCAACAAGAAGCACGGCCGGAGCAAGAACAUCACGCCGACGCUGACGGGCAACUCGUACUGACGCUCCUCUUCUGCACGACGAAGCACACACACACACACACACACACACACACACACACCGACUAACUGAUCUCAUUUGAAUUGGGAGGAAGUGCGAAAGAAAUAUCAAAGAGAUUGAAUUCAUAAGCUAAUUGCUGGGCUGGUUUUUAAAGUCAUCAGUCUUUAUUUUGUUUUCUUCAUAUUUGUGAACUCUGCUGCUUCUUUGCAUGAGAAAAGGAGUCGGGGCCAGGAGCCUUUCGCCACAGCUGCGACCGCUCCGGGGAUGUAGCACCAUGUUGGAUCAUUUCUGAUCGCCCCAAACAGCUCCGCUUUUCUUUUCUUUUUUCUUUCCUCCACGCAAAACAGAUUUCGUUUAAUGAGAUGUCCUCCCGCGAGGAUUUCGAGCCCAUCUGUGCAAACAUCCAGCGGAUGCAGCGCACACGUUUAGAAGAAAAAAAAAAAAAAAAAGCUGAAAAGGUGUAUUUUUGCUCCAGAGUGGUUGUAAUCCAUCUCCGUUUGGCUCUGUGUGUACGCGUGUGUGUGUGUGUGUGUGUGUGUGUGUGUGUGUGGAGGACAUGGCGGCAUCUUCGGGGGCUCUGAACGGUGGGAUGUUGACAGGUUUUCGAGAGGCCCCGGCCCGGGCAGCUCACUACAAACCUCGGGCCACAACCCGGCCUGUCAGUUACAGUCGCGCCUUUCCAACGACACGAGUCGGGAGACGCUGAGAGUAGGAGAAAAGCAAUUUUGACACCACGGGAGCCCUGGGCAUUCCUGUGAGUCCCCCUAAUUGCUAAAUUAGCUCAUUCCUGUGCUAUUUGAGUCAGGGAGGAAGAAGCCAUUUCCUCUAGAUGUAGCCAGUUCCUGUUGGUUGGAAUCACAGACAGAGCAAAAUAAAUAAAUAAUAAAGUGCACAUGUGCGUAGGAGGCAUCAGAAAGUUGAGUCGUGGUUGCGGUGCUUAAGGGCAGAGAGCGCUCCUCUGCAGCACGCCCCCCCCCACACACACCGGAAAACCUCUUUUGUUGCGGGCCGAUCAAGGCGAGAUCCACCCGCUUUCUGUCGGAGGCGCUUCCACUCCCUCUCUGCUCCCAUUCUGUAAAUAGCCCAAACAGGAAAGAUAGGAAUACAAAUCACCUGAUGGAAACAAUAAUUGCAUCGUUGCAUGGAGUGAUCAAAAUCUGACGGUGCAGACAACACCGCCUCUUUCCAGCUACGGCCUUUUUCCAACUCAUAUUCCCCCCCCUGAUUUAAUAAUAACUUUCUCUAAACUGUACUGACAAUGUUUGCUUGUUUUCCUGAUUGUGUGUUUGUGUGUGUUUUGUUAAAUGGCAACUGGAAGGGGUCGUCGUCUUGUAAGCGGAGAGCUGUGAUUGUACAUAUCAAACCUGUUCGGGGGUGUUUGAGGGGGGGGGGGGGGGGCAGGGCUGUUUUUUUCUGCAGACUCAAAAGAAGGACUGUUAUAGAGAAUGAACUGCAUAUUUAUUUUUUAUUUCCACAUUUAAAUUAUUUAUGCAACCUUUUUGUAGUAAAUGAUAGCCAUAGUUUGUCUUAUAGUUUGAUAGAGACGUUGGGGAUGAAAUACUGUACAGAACAUGAAUAAAGUAAAGGCAGAUAUAUUUGAAAGAG